AUGGCGGUUGCGCGGACGGCCGGCCCCGGGGCGUCCUGUCUCUUCCUUGGGACAGAAAUAGGUGGACUUUUUCAGCAGGUCUUGGUACUUCUGCCUGUGAGUGUGGUGGUAGCAAGUAAACAGAUGGGACCAUUGACAUUCACGGAUGUGGCCAUAAAAUUUUCUCUGGAAGAGUGGCAAUUAUUGGACACUGUACAGCAGAAUUUAUAUAGGAAUGUGAUGUUAGAGAACUACAGAAACCUGGUCUUCCUGGAUUUAAUCACCUGUCUGGAGCAAGGAAAAAAGCCCUGGAAUAUGAAGAAACAUGAGAUGGUGGCCAAACCCCCAGUUGUGUGUUCUCAUUUUGCCCAAGACCUAUGGCCACAGCAGGGCAUAAAAGAUUCUUUCCAAAAAGUAAUACUGAAAAGAUAUGGAAAAUAUGAACAUGACAAUUUACAAUUAAGGAAAGGCUGUGAAAGUGUGGAUGAGUGUAAGAUGCGCCAACGAGGUUAUGAUGAACUUAACCAAUGUUUGACAAAAACCCCAAGCAAAAUAUUUCAGUGUGAUAAUUAUGUGAAAGUCUUUCAUAAAUUUUCAAGUUCAAAUAGCCAUAAGACAAGACAUACUGGAAAUAAUUCUUUCAAAUGUAAAGAAUGUGGCAAAUUAUUUAGCAUGCUUUCACACCUAACUCAACAUGAAAGACAUCAUACUAGUGUGAAUUGUUACAAAUGUGAAGAAUGUGGCAAAGCCUGCAACUGGUCCUCAGCCCUUACUCGACAUAAGAGAAUUCAUACUGGAGAGAAACCCUACAAAUGUGAAGAAUGUGGCAAAACUUUUACUCUGUCCUCAAGCCUUAUUCAACAUAAGAGAAUUCAUACUGGAGAGAAACCCUACAAAUGUGAAGAAUGUGGCAAAACUUUUACUCUGUCCUCAAGCCUUAUUCAACAUAAGAGAGUUCAUACUGGAGAGAAACCCUACAAAUGUGAAGAAUGUGGCAAAGCCUUCAGUCAGUCCUCACACCUUACUAGACAUAAGGUAAUUCACACUGGAGAGAAACCCUACAAAUGUGAAGAAUGUGGCAAAACCUUUAACCAAUACACAUAA